UUUGGGUCUCAGUACCCUGGCAGCUAUUCUGGCUCCUACUCCAAGUCACCCUCGGGGUUGCAAUUCGGAUACUCCCCAGGGCAGCAGAAAACCCACCCCAAGGGUUCUUCAAGGACAUCUACACCCUUUGGAUCAGGGUGUGGUGGAGAAAAAAGAAUGUCUAAUGAGUUGGAAAGUUACUUCAAGCCUUCAAUGCUUGAAGACCCUUGGGCUGGCCUUGAACCCGUAUCUGUAGUGGAUUUUAACCAACAAUACAACAGUAUUCAAACAUUCAGAGGCAGAAAAGGAAGAUACUUUUGUUAA